GGCAGCUCCGUUGGUCACAUCCGGUCGUAUAUAUGUUGCCACGAGUUAGCGGCGAAUUUGGAGAGUGUCCAUUUUGAGUAACGAGUCGGCGUCUCUGGUAUUUUGUCUUAAAUCUCUUGAAGAGCCCACCGUCACAAUGUCAGACGCUGAGAAUCUGCUCAUGGAAACGUCGGAGCAGAAUGGCAACGAGGGGGACGAUGACCAAAAUGGAGCAGAGCAGGAGCUGGAUCAGGAGCUAGAACAGGAGCUGGAUCAGGAGCAGGAGCUGAUGGGUGGAGAUGAUAGCCAAGAUAAUGGCACAGAUGGAGGAAAGAUUGAUGCCAGCAAAGGAGAGGAGGACGCUGGUAAAAUGUUCGUGGGUGGCCUCAGCUGGGACACGAGUAAAAAGGACCUGAAGGAUUACUUCAGUAAGUUUGGUGAGGUGUCGGACUGCACCAUCAAGAUGGACUCCAACACCGGCCGGUCCCGAGGCUUUGGCUUUGUUCUUUUCAAAGACUCCGCCAGCGUGGACAAGGUUCUGGAGCAGAAGGAACACAGACUGGACGGACGUCAGAUUGACCCCAAGAGGGCGAUGGCCAUGAAGAAGGAGCCUGUCAAGAAGAUCUUUGUCGGAGGUUUGAACCCUGAGGCGACUGAAGACACCAUCAGGGAAUAUUUCGGGGCCUUUGGAGAGAUCGAAACCAUUGAGCUUCCCAUCGACCCCAAAUCAAAGAAAAGGAGGGGUUUCAUCUUCAUCACAUACAAAGAUGAAGCAAGCGUCAAGAAGUGUCUGGAGAAGAAGUACCACAACAUUCAGGGGGGCAGGUGUGAGCUGAAGAUCGCCCAGCCGAAGGAGGUGUAUCAGCAGCAACAGUAUGGAGCAGGACGUGGUGGUGGUUAUGGAGGCCGGGGUGGCAGGGGCCGUGGAGGUCAGAACCAGGGCUGGAACCAGGGCUAUGGAAACUACUGGAACCAGGGAUACGGUAACCAAGGCUAUGGCUACAGUGGGUACGGUGGCUAUGGCAACUACGACUACUCUUCUGGUUACUAUGGAUAUGGUCCCGGAUAUGAUUACAACCAGGGCAAUGCCAGCUACGGAAAAACCCCAAGACGGGGGGCACACCAGACCAGCUACAAACCAUACUGAUGAUCACAUGGUAUUGCAAGGACUCCAGUGAUCCACUGAGACCGACUGCUGAACGGACACACUGGGCCUAACUCGACCUCUUUUAUGACACAAGACCAUUUGUACAGAAAACAUCCAAAAUGUAACUUUUCCAUGUUUUUUUUUUUCCCUGUUUUUUUUUUUCUUUUUUUUUUUUUUUUUUUUUUUAAAUUCUAUAAUUUUUAGGUUUUACUUUUCCCUUUUGGUGUUCUUUUUUUUUCCCUCCACAUUUCCAUCGGCGGAAGUGUAAUUUUUACUGUACUUUUUGGUACCGUUUUGAUUCUAAUGUAUUGUAAGGGUUGUAUUUUACAUGUUUGCUGGCUUUACAGGUUUAAAAAUCUUGGCGCUGUAAAGGAGCUUUUUUGACAAAUAAAAACAGUUUUCAGUAAUUUUUUUGUUCUGAUGCUUCUAAGUUGUGGGGUGGAACAUUAAGAAGUUUUUAGGUUUAGAUUUAGUAAUCAAUACUUUAGAAGUCAAUACUGAUUGCUCUUGGUGUUUUGUAGCCACACAAUCCAAUGAUCUGUAAUAAUGAAGGAUGCUAAGCUUCUGAGGUUGUCAGCCCAACUAAAUAAUUUUCUUUACAACCUCUCAGUUGACACAUUGGAUUUAUUUAUUUUUUUAAACUGCCCCCCCCCCCCCCCCCCCCCCUUUUUUUUUUUUCUUUUUUUUUUUUAAAUGGAGUUCAGUGUACUGAGUGAAACUUAAGUUACAAUUCCUCAAAACUGAAGGCCAGGACCUUCUGAAUUUACCAGGGUAUUAACAUCUGAAAGUAUGCAGAUGUGUGGGAUGCAAUGGGGGGAAAUGACUCCUCCACACUUAACUGUAAACCCCAAAAUACCUCUCAAAAACAAACAAAUUGUUUAAGUUUCUAUUUUGAUUUAGUUUGUGUUUGUCAAAUGUCCUUGGUUUUAGAAAUACCCACCCUGAAGUCUAAUGUCUACUUCGCUUUUCUGGACAGACUUCAGACCUCUGGAGUCUCCUCAGUUAGUGUCUCUGGCAAUCUAUUAGUAAUAAACAUUCUUGUUUGUAA